AUGUCGGAGCCGUGGACAGACUUAACAUGCGCCUGCCAGCUGGCCUCAGCCCUGUAUUAUUUACACUCCCAUCGCAUUAUUCAUCUUGACAUGAAACCACAAAACAUACUCUUCAAAGGUGGGGUGGUGAAACUGUGUGACUUUGGGUUGGCCAGGUCCAUGAGAACCUCCAUCUUGAUGCUGACCUCUUUCGAGGGAAUGCCGCUGUACAUGUCUCCUGAGCUGAUGGAUGAGAAGCCAUAUGACCACAAGUCUGACCUCUGGUCUUUAGGCUGUAUCCUCCACGAGCUCCACACAGGCGCACCACCGUUCUACAGCAACUCCCUCUUCCCCCUGAUGCAACUUAUCGUGAGAGAUCAAGUAAAAUGGCCGGAUCCGAUGAGCGAGCCCUGCGCGAGUUUUCUGAAAGUUUUUUUGACCAAAGACCCUAAGAAGUGGUUGUCAUGGCCAGAUCUCCUGCACCAUCCCUUUGUCACUGCCUGUGUUCUAGGUGAUACCUUUUAA